AUGUCACGAACGUACCUCAGUAUUUUCUUCUUUAUGGCAGUUUUGGUCGAAACUUUCGCCGACGACUUUUCGAAGACUUGUUACACGGUGAGGUCUUGAAGAAUCCUCAAAAAAGCGGAAGAAAGGAACUCGCUUGAAACAGUAUUUUUGACCUUGCAGUUUGUAAAUACUUUGCUCUCAAAAACAAAAAACAGUUUUCUUUCAGUGCGCCUCGCCGUCGCUGAGGUCUCGAUGGUCUCUGACGGGACUGUCGCCGGUGGCCGACAGCUCCUUCACCGCCUGCGACGAUCCGAGUUCCAACGGCGGGAAUACUCCGACUGAGCCCUGCUCUGGACCUUGUCUCACCGUAUUGUUCGACGAUCCAGACAGUAUCAGUGAGUUUGAUUUGCUCGAUUUCCCUGAAAAUUCAAAGUUCUAAUGUUUCUCCAGGAAGAAAAAUCAAGCUUAAUUUUAUAGGGUUUUCUUACUUUUUGUUGCUUUGAUGUGAUGUUAAAAUUUGAACCUGAAAAAACUGCUUGUAAUCGGUCCGAAAAAAGUUCUUCAAGCGUGUUCAAUAUUAGAUGCUGAAUGAAUUUUUUUUUUGAUUUCUCUUUUUCUUCAUACUGAAAUUUAUCGACUAAAAAAUUACCAAGCGAAGUAUUUUUCAUUAAUUUUUUCAGCACAGCAAAACGGUAUCACAUCGGUUUUGGUCGUCCGAGGAUGUCACUCAACACUGACUCAGGCGAUACCCCGGUUUCAGAGUUUUUAUUUAAAGCAUAUAUUCAGGUUGUGGCCGACCGGAAUUCGGGAGGAUCUUCCUACUGCGAGGUCGACACGACACACGUCAUGUCGAACCUCAAGGGCAACACGGUCAGCGUCCGCAAACUCGUCGACUUCUGCAGGUUCCUCCAUUCCUCUAACCUAUUUCUUACGGAUCAAUCUUCGCAGCACGACCAAUUGCAACAGUAGAACUAUUCAGACGGGCUUCAACACUCCAGCUUGUGUCCAACAAACUCAAAACAACCGUAGGCCAAAAAAACCGUGAAAAGACUCAAUAGAGAAGUUUUAGUACUGAACAACGCUCCACUGAAUUGCUACGACUGUCAGCCGAAGGAGGGCAAGAACUGUCAAGAGUCGAAAUGUAGCAAGAAGUACUGCAUGAAGCAGCAAGUCAAAGUUGAUGGUGAGUCUUGUUCUCGAGAUGAAGCUCAAAAAUCGUAUAUCAGGCGGCUUCCAACUGUACAAAACGUGCUCUAACGUGAAUGUACUGGGCGUGGACAACGGUUGCAUGACCUACGACUUGGUGACGAAUCCUGGCGGUGUCGCCGUCACUAACCAUCUCACGCAGUGCUUCUGCCGCGACAAGCAGUUCUGCAACGGCAGCAGAUUCGAAACCGUCUUUGCAACCGUAAUAAUGUUUCUUGGAGCGGCCAUUUUGAGAUUCCAUUGA